UGUUUGAACAUAUGGUCACAAGGAUGAUACUAAGUUACUACAAGCCUAUGCACGUAAAGUGAGCCAGUUCAUCGUGUCCAGUAUUUAAGCGGGUAGUGCGUUACGUAUACAGUUUAUUUCUUAUCUAAUGCCAUUGUGCUAGAUAAAUUUGUUGAAAAAAAAUCUGACUAAAUUAAAUUAGAGUAGUUUGGGUACUAAAACAAGUCUUACUGUUUCUUUGCAAACAUGAUAUCAAUUAACGUGAUAAUUAACGAGUUCUUCAAAGCCCUACAGUCUAUGGGUUCUUCGUCUAUGGUGCAGUGGUUUUUUCGCGCCUUGACCCUGUCACAGGCGUUGCUGCAGUCAGGGUGGCCAACUAACUAUCAGCUAACAGAUGGUGAUAGAUUCGACUUCAUAGUGGUCGGCAGUGGCUCAGCAGGAUCGGUUGUGGCAGCCAGGCUGUCAGAGAUACCAGAGUUCAACGUACUCCUCGUGGAAACCGGAGGAGAUCCCCCACCUACCAGCGUUAUUCCAGGUCUGUUUACAACGCUACAAGGCACUGAAUAUGAUUGGAAUUAUAAAGCCCGGUUCGAUGAAGGAGUUGGCUUAGCUCACCCAGGUGGCUUUCUUCCAUACUCCCGUGGAAAAGUCCUCGGAGGCAGUUCUUCCACCAACUAUCUGAUAUACUCUCGUGGUGUUCCUGAGGAUUAUGAUAAGUGGAACCGAAUCGCACCAGGAUGGGGCUGGGAUAGCGUCCUUCACUAUUUCAAAAAGCUGGAAGGCAUGACAGAUACAACACUGUUCAAAAAUCCACGAACCGCUUAUCUCCACUCAACUGAUGGCCCAGUGAAAGUUUCUAGGCCUGGGACAAUGGCAUCUACUGCCGCCAUUGAUGAUAUAAGAUUGGAUUGCUACGAAGAAAUGGGCAUAAAACGGGUUCUUGAAAUUAAUGGUCCUGAGAUUGUGGGUGCCGCCCGUCCACACUUCACUCUCUAUAAUGGUAGAAGAUCUAGUACAGCAGAAGCUUAUUUGAGACCUGCUAAAGACAGACCUAAUCUUAAAGUAGCAAAAUUCUCCACUGUUACUAAAAUUUUAAUAGACCCGCAUACAUUGCAGGCAUUUGGGGUACAAAUCUCCAUGAAUAAUAAAAAAACUAUAAAUGUCUUUGCUUCUAAGGAGGUUAUUGUUUCAGCUGGUACUAUAAACAGCCCUAAAAUUCUUUUACAGUCAGGUUUAGGGCCUCAAGAAGAUUUAUCAAAAUUGGGUAUAAAAACUGUGGCCGAUCUUCCAGUCGGCAAGAAUUUCCACGACCACCAAGCUAUACAGUUGAUUUAUAAAGGUAAACAAGGAAUUGAAACAGCAGCACAAAAUAUUGUGGCAGCACCACAAUUAGAUACUCUGCCUGUUCCAGUACAAAGCGGGUUUUUCAGGAUCAACACUACUUCUGACUACCCGUCUGUAUCGCAACCUCAUUUCCAAUUUUUCAAUACGUACAUAGGGGCGGCGGCUUGGCCUCUUUUGAUGGUUGUGUGUAAAACAGUCGCUAAUUUCGACGAGAAACUAUGCAAUUCUCAGGCGAACGCGAACGCUUUUAAUGAAAUAGAUAACGUGCUCCUCAUCAUGCUGCAUCCACUAUCAAGAGGUCAGGUGAGAUUAGCGAGUGCUGAUCCUUUUGAUGACCCUGUUAUUGAUUUAGGGUAUUACAGGGAUCCUUAUGAUUUAGACGUGGCUGCAGAAGGCGUGAAAUAUAUGAAUCUUUUAAUAAAUACAAAGUAUUUUAGGAAUGUAAAAGGUAGUGUUCCAAGGUUGAGUGUGCCUGGCUGUGAGGACUUAGACUGGGGUUCACACCAGUACUGGAGGUGUUACGCGAAGAAUACGGUGGCGUCGAUUCUCCAUGCGGUCGGUACUUGCAGCAUGGGACCCAAUGGCGUGGUGGAUGAACGUCUGAGGGUUCAUAACAUAGGAGGAUUGAGGGUCGUGGAUGCCUCAGUCAUUCCAUUCAUUCCUAGUGGCAAUACAAAUGCUCCAGUUAUGAUGAUUGGCGAAAAAGCUGCUGAUAUGAUAAAAGCUGAUUACAUUAAACGUAGUAAAGCAUAUGGUAACCAAAUAUUUGCCACUUUUGACGAUAUUUUGGGGGUAGAACGAUGAUGAAUUUGAAUGCAGCCUUUCAGUUUUACUACCAGCCAGACAACUUAGAUAUGGGGUGUCAUGAAAAAGUUAAUGACCACAUUAACAAUGAAUUCAACGAAGAUUUUUUUCCAUCUUUUAAGUAAUGAAGCUUGAGCGCUGCUGUGCUAAGUUAGCCUCUGUACAUUUAGGAUAAUAAAUAAUUUAACAUUAACAACGUGAAGACACGGUGUAGGUACCUGCAUCCCGCCAGCCAUAUUGAGCAUCCAAAGUUUAAUUUAGCAUUAUAUAUAGUUAAACAGAAGUAUUCGUGCAAGAUGCAGUCUUGUAUAGUACAUUUGUUAACUUACAAGAUAAUUAUAAGAAUUAUUUAUUGUUUUAUUUCGACUUAUUUAUUUAGCCUUGUUAACGUCAUUCGUAUUCUUAUUUUUGAACUUUUGGUAGCAUAGCCCCGAUUUUAUAAAGAUAAGAUAAAGAUAUUUUAUUUGUUAAACAGGAGUAUACAAGGUAUACUUCGAAGUUGCUUCCGUAAAAAUUACGUAAGACCUAAGUUGUAAGAAGUUCAAAAAUCCUAUAAGCGACUUUGCAGGAAUUUAAAAUUUUGUUUAUCGUUAAUUAAUUACGUAAAUUGUAUUCAGCGUGGCAAU